UGACAAUCAAAGCCCUGGUCAGGCUGCACUACGAAACUUGGAACUUCCUCUGCUAUACAUCCUCAGCCCACCACAGCCUUCGUUUUUGCCAGCCUUACGUCCUUCGGCCUUCUUCUCAAGCGUUCAUAGCCUUGAUCUAUCCCGUCGAACGUUGCAAGCGAGGCGCAUGGAGUUACGGCCAAUUACUCCUUGAUCGGGUCGCAGGCUCCGUCGCCAUCAUGCGUCCGCUGCGGUUCCUUCUGCUACUCACCUGCUUUGUGGCUGUACCAAUUGCGCUUCUAUUCUCACUGUUCACCUUUUCCGACAAUGCUGCGGACUCGUUCCAAGCAGGCUACAACCGACCAAGCCGCUUGAGGGCCCUCUUCUCCUUCUCGACCCCCUCUUCUCUCUUCCCGCCCUCUGCCAUUAUUAGCCUGACCAACGACAACUCAACAUUUUUCCUGGCUAGACCGGCUGCCUUUGGACCAAGUCUACCGUCGAAAGGAUUGAGUGGCCAAUUGUGGGUGGGAAAAGGGUUUGGAGAUGAUGCACUGUUGAAAGAAGAGAACAUUCAUAUCGUUGGAUGGGAGUUGGGGUGUUCCGACGUUCCAGGAUGGGCUGACGGAGCGUCGAAGAGGGUGCAGAAUCUCCCGCAGGUUGAGCAGCCACCGAGGAGAACCAGAAGGCCGCGAGAUCUAAGCCAAGAUGGCUCUGUAGGCGAACAAAAUCCAGAUGGCCCGGAUGCUCUUGCGGACGAUAUCACAGACGACGGAACAGACGACCAUCUCCAUCACCCGCUACCGGACUCCAAUCCUGCUACACCUGGUCAGCUAGGUGAGCCUGCCAACGUCGACCCGUCCGAUAAGAAAAAUCCUACGCAUGCCGAUAUUGAAUCACUACAAGAAAGCGCCGAUGUUGCGGGAAAGAUCGUGAUGCUCAGCCGCGGCGGAUGUGGUUUUCUGGAAAAGGUCAAAUGGGCCCAACGUCGUGGCGGCAUUGCCCUUAUCGUGGGGGAUAAUGAGCGAGGAGCACAGUUGACCAUCAUGUACGCGAAGGGCGAUACGUCAAAUGUUACGAUACCUGCAUUGUUCACCUCCUAUACUUCGGCUCAUCUCCUGGCAUCACUGGUCCCACCCGAGUCAGGCGAGGAUGAAGCGUCGGAUAAAACAUCGAAAGGUUCAGACAAGCAUGCCAAUCAGAAACAGCAGGACAGUAAACCCGUCUUUACUUCUACCAACACCCAAGCACGAGAGCCGACCAUUGUUCCAGCUAUGCAAGGCUCUGAAGGUAAGACGAAAAAGACCUGGGUCAACAAUGUCCUCGAUGCUAUUGUAAUGAACGAAAACUCGCCCUUCUCUCAUGUCGAGGACAGCCGCCGGCCACCCAGCAGUGGAAACAUUGAUUGGGUCUUGCUAGAAGACUGGGACGAAGAAGCACCUGCCAAGUCAAGCAAAAAGGCAAAGACAGCGGCAAAUGUUCCCACCAUGUCCACCUCGACAUUGAAGGCCAAGUCCACAAGCACAAAACGGCUGGGAGGAGACGAUUUCGUUAUCGGGGUUCAAGAUUGGCGGGAUACAGAUCUCGUGGCACCGAAGCCCACAACAAGUUCUACCUUCGUCCCCGCAGACGCGAAGAAUGGCAAGGAUGUUCAAGCGGAAACUGCCAGUACGGUCAAAUCAUCAAGUAGUCCCCAGGACACUCUGAAAGGCGGCAGCAUUACACCCGGUAGUGGCGAAUAUGCUCAUGAAAGAUCCGAGCAGGUGAAUCGUUACAAUAGAGGGAAAGGGCAAUCCAAGCAACAGGCUAAACAAGCCUCUAGCCCUCAGGGACAGGAAUCGAAGGGUUCCUGGUUUGACUUGUUCAAAUCGAGUCAACCGUCCAAAGAUGCUCCCAAACCGGCUGCAUCCAAGCAAGAAAAGAACGAGAAGGCUAGUACGGCCAGGAAUCAUCACCCACUGGGUCAGCAGGAGGAUGAGGAGCAUCCAGGCUUGUGGGUGACUCUGACGCCCACGAGCGUCUCAACGAGUCCUUUCUUCGAUACUCUGCUCGUUCUGGUCGUGAGCCCACUGGUCACACUGACCGUUGUGUAUGCACUGUUGCUACUGCGCUCCCGCAUUAGACGACGAAGAUGGCGGGCACCGAAAUCCGUUGUAGAGCGGUUACCCGUCCGGACAUACCACACAAUGUCAACAGCAUCAUCGACAACCUCGUCGCAAGUUGCCUCGCCAAAUGCUUCCUCGCCCUCAUCACCACUUCUAAUAUCCACAUCACAAAAUGUAUCACAGAGAUCUCGGCCGCGCUCGCAGACAACAAACGCCGUCUUCUCGGGCAGCACCGAGACAGUGUCCAAGGCCCGAACUCCACCCUCGGAAAAGUCUCCGGCCAAAUUCACCAGGCGGAAACGAUAUACCGGCCGCCAGGUCGAGUGUGUCGUCUGUUUGGAAGAGUACGUCGACGGCGAAAGCCAAGUCAUGUCUCUCCCUUGCGGCCACGAGUUCCACGCCGAAUGUAUUACGCCCUGGCUCGUGACUCGCCGCCGGACUUGUCCUAUCUGCAAGGGCGAUGUGGUAAGGAGUUUAGCGCGGGCGACUUCUCGCGGUGGCGACGACGAGACGCAAGAAGGCGAGCAGACAAGCGACGAGGUACAGGACAGAGUCGCCCAGUCCACCAACGAGGAGGCUAGUGCGGCGAUUCCGAUUCCUAGUCUCUUGCGCGGCGAUGAUGGCGACGUCGAGCAGGGCCAGAACGUCGACGUCGAUGUCGAUGCGCCCCUGCUUGAGGAAGAAGACGAUGAUGAUGUCCAGGGUCAGGGUGUGGGAGAAGCCAGCUCGGUGUGGAGAAACAUCAGCGCCAGCGUGAGUCGGUUGAGUGGCGAUACACUUUGGAGGCAGACUCCUGCUGACCGGAACCGGUGAAUGCACAUAUUCAUGGACGGUGUUGUUGCUGGGGAUGCCAUCCAACUGAUAGCAGUCGCCGCUUUUUCGCAAGGAGUCUGGAGCAUAAGCAUGACUGCGUGGUCGGAUUGUCUUCAGACGAGACUGGUGACCUUUGUGGAUUUUAUUAUUGUAAUUGUACUGCUACAACGGCUAUGGCUAUAUACAAUUUUGAAUGCAACUCAAUGCUCAACA